CGGCCGCGCCCACCUCCGCGAAAGCAGCGCGCCGGGCAGGCGGCAGCGGGCGGCCAUGGCGGGGCCCAGCGACCCCGGCGCCCCUGUCGCCUGCUGGAAACGCCACAUCGUGCGGCAGCUUCGACUCCGGGACCGCACGCAGAAGGCCCUCUUCCUGGAGCUGGUGCCGGCCUAUAACCGUCUCCUAGAGAAGGCUGAGCUGCUGGCCCGGUUCUCAGAGACACUGCCGCCAGAGCCAAACAGUGUCACUCCAGCUACCCACCAGGGCCCCUGGGAGGAGGAGGAGGCGGGGCCUGACUCAGACCAAGUCCCAUCACCGGCAGCUCUGAGGGUGAAGUGGCAGGAGGAGGAGGAGGGGCUCCGGCUGGAGUGCGGAGAGAUGGCCUACCAGGUGGUGGUGAAGAGCGCGGCCCUGGGCGCCCUGGACUCGCAGCUGGAGGAGCGGCAGAGCAGGCUGGCGGCUCUAGAGGCUCGCGUGGCACAGCUGCAGGAGGCGCGGGCGAAGAAGGCGCGGCAGGUGGACGCGCGGCGCGCGCUGAACGCGGCGCAGCAGGCGGCCUAUGAGGCGCUGCGCGCGCACGCCGGGCGCCAGGAGGCGGCGCUGCGCAGGCUCCAGGAGGAGGCGCGCGACCUGCUCGAGCGGCUGGUGCAGCGCAAGGCGCGCGCCGCCGCCGAGCGCAAUCUGCGCAACGAGCGUCGCGAGAGGGCCAAGCAGGCGCGGGUGUCCCUGGAGCUGAAGAAGGCAGCCAAGCGGACAGUGAGCAUCAGCGAGAGCCCAGACGCACUGGACGAUGGGAUCACAGAGGAAGCAGAACCUCCGGCCCUGGCUGCGGAGCCCAAGUCCCUGGAGAGUGAGGCUACUGAGAAGUGGAGGAGGCCAUUCAGGUCUGCCUCUGCCACCUCCCUGACGGUGUUCCGCUGUGUGGAUGUGGUGAAGGGGCUCCUGGAUUUCAAGAAGAGGAGGGGCCACUCGAUCGGGGGCGCCCCCGAGCAGCGAUACCAGAGCAUCCCCGUGUGCCUGGCCGCCCGACUGCCCACCAGAGCUCAGGACGUGCUGGAAGCCCACCUCUCUGAGGUCAAUGCUGUUCAUUUUGGCCCCAGCAGCAGCGUCCUGGCCACCGGAGGGGCGGACCGCCUCAUCCUCCUCUGGAAUGUCGUGGGAGGUCGCCUGAAGGCUAAGCAGACCCUGGAAGGAGCUGGCGGCAGCAUCACCAGUGUGGACUUUGACCCUUCGGGCUCCCAGGUACUGGCAGCUACUUACAAUAAGGCCGCCCAGCUCUGGAAGGUGGGGGAGGCACAGUCCAAGGAGACGCUCUCCGGACACACAGAUAAGGUGACGGCUGCCAAAUUCAAGCUGACAAGGCACCAGGCGGUGACUGGGAGCCGGGACCGGACUGUGAAGGAGUGGGACCUCGGCCGCGCCUACUGCUCCAGGACCAUCAGUGUCGUGUCCUACUGUAACGACGUGGUGUGUGGGGACCACAUCAUCAUAAGCGGCCACAAUGACCAGAAGAUCCGGUUCUGGGACAGCAGGGGGCCCCGCUGCACCCAGGUCAUCCCCGUGCAGGGCCGGGUCACCUCCCUGAGCCUCAGCCACGACCAGCUGCAUCUGCUUAGCUGCUCCCGAGAUGACACCCUCAAAGUCAUCGACCUGCGCGUCAGCAACAUCCGCCAGGUGUUCAGGGCUGAUGGCUUCAAGUGUGGUUCCGACUGGACCAAAGCUGUGUUCAGCCCAGACAGAAGCUAUGCACUGGCAGGCUCCUGGGAUGGAGCCCUUUACAUCUGGGACGUGGACACUGGGAAGCUGGAGAGCAGCCUCCGGGGACCCCACUGUGCUGCUGUCAACGCCGUGGCCUGGUGCUACUCCGGGAGCCACGUGGCGAGCGUGGACCAGGCCAGGAAGCUUGUGCUCUGGCACUAGUGCCACGUCCGCCCAGCCUGAGCCGGCCCUCUAGUCGAAGCCUGAAGCCAGGGGACAGCUUCCCACCACCCGAGAGGCUCCAGGGCCAGGCGGGGAUGGGGGUGAGGGCUAGGGGCACUUGAUAGGUAAGAAGGCCUGGCGGGACCUGGUCUGUUUGUUUAAAAAGUGUGGGUUGGCAGGGCGGGUUUGGAUUACGGUAUUGUUUCAUUUUUUAACUCUGUCUCACUUUCUCGGGCAUAGUGGAAAAAAAAUUACAUCUAAA